UAGAAGAGCUAGCGAGAUACAGAUGAGACUGUAUUAUAAUGGGAACUCCAUAGUGUCUCUGCCAGGAUCACCCUUCACCACCCACUUUAGUCAUGGGUGGACACAAAACGCAACAGCCAGUGGGGAGCCCUGACUGUGGGCCGGGUACUAUGCUGUGUACCAGAGAACAAGGGAAUUUGAAAUACUGCCUUGUGAUUCUGAACCAGCCUUUGGACAAAUGUUUUCGUCGUCUUUGGCACAAAGCUCUUUUAAGAGCCUGUGCUGACGGAGGUGCCAACCGCUUGUAUGAUGCCACAGAGGGAGAGAGGGAGAGCUUUUUGCCUGAAUUCAUCAGUGGAGACUUUGAUUCUAUUAGGCCCGAAGUUAGCGAAUACUACGCUAUUAAGGGAUGUGAACUUAUUUCAACUCCUGAUCAAGACCAUACUGACUUUACCAAGUGCCUUGAAGUGCUCCAAAAGAAGAUAGCAGAAGAAGACCUACAGGUGGAUGUGAUUGUGACCUUGGGAGGACUUGCUGGCCGUUUUGACCAGAUUAUGGCAUCUGUGAGCACCUUGUUCCAAGCAACUCGCAUCACUCCUUUGCCGGUUACAAUUAUCCAAGAGGAAUCGCUCAUCUACCUGCUCCAACCCGGAAAACACAAAUUGUGUGUAGACACCGGACUGGAAGGUGAGUGGUGUGGCCUUAUUCCUGUUGGACAGCCAUGCAAGCGGGUUACAACGACAGGCCUGAAGUGGAACCUCACAAAUCACAUGCUUAGUUUUGGAACACUGGUCAGUACUUCCAAUACCUACGAUGGAUCUGGCGUUGUGACUGUGGAAACGGACCAUCCCCUCCUCUGGACCAUGGCCAUCAAAACCUGACCCACAGACUGAUGUCCACAGCUGUGCCUCUGACUUACCUCGCUUGCCAACGACUUCAUGCCCAACAAGAACAGCUCACCCUGACCGGAGGGGUCUAAACCUGUCCACGGGAAGCCCGCUAGUUUUAAAGAUGUCGGUGUUUAGAUAAUCCAGGUAACAUUAUCAAUGACGCAUCUCAACUUCACAGUGAGGGGGGACAUCAUUAUGUAAGAAAGGAAAUAAGCUGUUACAUUCAGUUGGAAAGCGAAUGUGGGUCAUUCCACUCUAAAAUUCAGUACUGAUUACUUAUGUGACUAAUCAUUCCAUGUAUCCUAGAAAAUUGUUUUUACUUUUGAAGCUGAGGAAGCUCUGUUGAGGCUUCUUCGUGUCCAGCACAUAAACCUCCUCCUGUUCAUCCUUAAAUGCUUAACACCAAAGGUACUUGUGUCUAAUAAUACUGAAUCUCUCUGCAUGAUAUAUAUGUCCUUCCACUGAAAGAAGAAAAAAAUUCCUUCCAGCUUGGGAUGUUAGAACUGCACCGUUUCAUUCCGGCCUUAACUGUCUUUGGUAUUAGCUUUCAAAACUAAAUUAAAAAUCAUUGGGCUGAUUAUUAAAUUUUAAAACAGGUAGUUCCGUGAGCUAUAAGUGAAAAGAUAAAUGGCAUGAAAGACAAAUGACAGUUCAGAAGCCCUGCUGACGCCUUCACCCCAGACUCAGCUGCUGCAGGGAGUGUGUCCUGCUUUCGGGGGUGACAGAGCCAAAUGGCCUUCGUCACCACUGCAACGCAGGCUGAAAAUGUUGGGCAUAAGAAACUUAAGCAUAAAAACUGAAUCAUUUCUGACAUACCUCAGACUGCAAAAAACACUGGUUCGUAGACCACGUUUAUUCAGGUGACCAGCAAAUGAGUUUGACAAUCUGUGGGGACACGUGGGCACUCAGAAGCCUGGGUCUGACUGCCUGCUACCCUCCUAAAUUCCCUGAACCCCACUCCUUAGCCAGAAAUAGAAGGGGCCGGACUGGCGGGGCCUGGCGCUCCCUCCCACACUCAAGAUUCCAGACGCUGACGCUGGGCGGUCAGUAGGCGGAUGACAUGCAGUCACUGACUCACUGGGUUGGACCACUGGGGCAUCGCAGGGUAGCCACGCUUCCUUUAUGAUGAGACCCUCUUCUAUCUCCUUACCCUUUUCUGUCCCAUUUACCAAACCAAAUGUUGCCAUAGAAACCAUGACACAAGGAGAAGCUGCCCAGCGGGUUUAAUGUACCCGCAAAGCCAGUGCUGCUGUGAGGAAAGGGACCAGCAGCUCCUUCGCCCUGUGCUCCAGGAGUGAGGGCCGCACCGGACGUGGAGGAGGGGGAUCAGCGGAAGCAGUGUGCAGUUGCACAUACUUAAUCAUUAGAGAUCACUUUUAAUUAUUUAUGCAAAUACAUGUGAAACUGAAUCCAGAUGUCAAAUAAAAAUAUUUAGUUAUUAA